CUAUCAUUGUUUUAUUACAUUGGAAAUUUCUACCCGACAACCAGAAGCAAACAAAACUACACAAUAGAUUUGAAAAAAAAAAAAAAAAACUUUUCAGAGAGACAUCGCUGAUGAUGUGACUACUUUGACCGCAACAAAGCAACACGAGACCCUGCAUAUAUGCAAACCACAUAUGCUCUCCUAAUUUCAGGGCCUGCUUGACAAGAGAAAGCUGAAGGCGUGCACUGAGUCCGUGACCUGAUUUCACAAGCCGAGAACCUUUUGAGGGCGAUCAAAACCCUAUUUUUCCGUCACAGGAAGCCGUGUUUUCACUACGUCAAGAAGCGGAUGAAGAAAAAUCACAUUCGUUCACUCACAGCCAUUUGACGUACCUGGAAACAUGCGCAUUGAAAACAUAAAACUCAUAUGGACACUGAUGCCAGUGUUUCUGUCUGGGGUUGACUGUGGGACGUGGCGAGUGGUGUAUCCCCAGAGAGACAUCUGCGUGGUGAAUGGAUCGUUUGUUGUCAUUCCUUGUUUAUUUGAUCAUCCUUACAACCUGAGGGUGAAGAAUGUAAUGUGGUAUCAUGUAAAGUCUCGUCCUGUCAAGAGUCCUUUGGUUUAUGACAGCUCCUCAAACAAAGUUCCCACCCGAUUCCAGUACAUUGGUGACCAAAAGAACAAUUGUUCUUUAAAAAUGGACCAAGUGGAUCACAAUGAUGCUGGAAAAUAUGUAUUCCGAUUCACAACAAACUCAGAAAAUGGCAAAUGGACCGGCAGACCCGGCCCAACAUUGAAGAUAGUUGAUUUGAAGAUCUUCUCGACACGACCCGAUGGAGUCAGAGCAACAGAGGAAGGCGACUCAGUGAAUCUGACCUGCGUAAACGUCUGUGAUAAACAUUCCUCUGCUUUCAUCUGGUUUAAGAAUGGAGAACCCAUAAACGAAGGACCUGUACUUUAUUUAAACAACGUGUCCUCCACAAACUCUGGAAAUUACACUUGCUCUCUGAGAAGACACACGGAGACUUCAGGAGUCCUAAAUAUAGAUGUUGAAUAUGGCCCCAAGAACACAUCAGUGUCUGUCAGAGGAUCCAUGGAGGGAGACUUCAGCAGCAACAUCACCCUGAUCUGCAGCAGCCAUGCAAACCCUCCAGUGGAGAAUUACACUUGGUUUAAAAUAGAUGAUGAAGAUGACAAUGUUGACAUCAUGGAUGUUGGACCUUGGCCUGAGUUCCUCCCUGCUGAUGGUGGCCAGUAUUUAUGCAGUGCCACCAACAAACAUGGAAGCCAAAACUCCUCUGUUGUGACAGUAAAGAUAAGAAAAUAUUGGGCACCGUUCGGCAGCGAUGUCAUCAUUAUUGCCACUGUUGCUGUGCUGCUGAUUGUGAUCGCUGUGGUGACCCUCAGGAGACUCCAUAAAAAAAGGAUCUGGAUACCGAAGCCGGAGAAUGAGGACGACAUACAGAAUACAGACUAUGUCAACUGGCUCCCGUAUGCCAAUAACCACACACAGGAGAGACAUCCGUGUGAGGGAGGAACAGAAGAAGUUGUCUAUUCAACCGUCUACUACAAAAAGUCCAACACGGAGCUGCCGACGGACUCCCAUCCCCGUGUCGACGAGAGUGUGAUUUACAUCAGUGUUUCAGAAGCCAACUGCUGAAUUCUUCAUAGCUCGAGCAAGCAAACACGUGGCACUUUGCAGCACUUAAAAAUCUGUAAGAAAGAAGCAAACAAUGUCAUAAUUAUACUUUUAACUCAAAAGAAAAGACGACCUAUUUCAUAAAAAGUGACCUAUUUCAUACAAAAGAGACGUUUCCAUUAAGAUUCAAAUAAUCAAAACGAAACAUCAAUAAAUUGGCUUUUGGAACCGAUAAAAUAAAGAAAGUCUAAACUCUCA